CCCGGCCCCGUCCCCGUCCCCGCUCCCGCGCCCCCGCGUCGUCUCGGGGAGAAACACCGAUUCUCGGCGAAUUUCCCGGCCGGGACGCGCCGGCGUGAGCGUCGGCAGGACUCGCGGCCCCGACAUGGCUCUGCUGCUCCGCAACCUGCAGCGCGCGGUCCCCGUGCGGAGGGCGCCGCUCCGCCGCCGGCUGCAGCUGCUGCGGGCGGCCCUCGGGGUGCAGCGCUUCGACCUCGCGGUCGUCUGCGUGGACAACAGGACCAUUCGGCGCCUCAACGGCGUCUACAGGGCCCGGGACGCCCCGACCGACGUGCUGUCCUUCCCGUUCCACGAGAACGUAAAAGCAGGGGAACUUCCCCAGCCUGAAACUCCAGAUGACUACAAUUUGGGAGACAUUUUCUUAGGAGUGGAGUAUAUCUUCCAGCACUGCAAAGGAGAUGAGGACUACUUUGAUAUCCUCACUGUGACGGCCACCCAUGGGCUCUGUCAUCUGCUGGGCUUCACACACAGCACAGAGGCUGAGUGGCAGAAGAUGUUCCAGAAGGAGAAGCAGGUUCUCGAAGAGCUGAGCCGGCUCACCGGGACCAGGCUCCAGCCCCUGACCAGGGGCCUCUUCUGAGGGUGCUGGAGGCCCAGCACCCAGGGGGCACCCGGCGGAUUCUCUAGAGUCCAGAGAUGGUGGAUGGCAGAUGGACCCUCCCCUUUCAGGCCCCCCAGGACCAGGGACUCUACCAAACGGAGGGCCCUGCUGGUCCCUGGUCCCCUGUGGGGCUCAGGCAAAAUGGGGCAAAAUGGCACGAGUGGGGCCUGACCGUUUUGUGAAAGUGUGAAAGACGUGUCCGUUCAUGACUUCGUUCAGCACCUGGCAAACGUCAUUUCGCUGUCGCAGAUGAAGUAGUUCUAAGCCCUUAGGCUGCAGAGCUGGAGCACAGGGCCCUUAUCCCCUGAGGUUCUGCCUGUGGCCAGAGGCAUUUCCCUCUCCUGCCUCUCCAGCCCGCUCUGGAGAGUGGAACAGGCAGCCCAGGGAGGAUGUGCCCCUCGCCCUCCUUCCUGCAAGACACCCAUUGGCUAUAGUCUCCACUUACCCCUUAAGAGCACUGUGACUUAGAGCCUUCGCCGGGUGCCUUUAUGAGGGGAGGCACAAGGCUGACCCUUACCGGGGCCGCAAGCCCCCCGACAACCUCAGCCAGGUGACCCACAGCCGACAUCUGCCCAUCCUGGCUCCUGAGGUGGGCACAGCCCCUGGUCAGAGUUUUUCUUGUGGACCCUACCUACGUCCUCUUUCCCGUGGCCCUGCUGUGGCCAGAGCUGCUGAGCCCCAGAUGCCCAUGUCCACACGGAGCUCAGUGUCUCCCAGCUCCGGGAGGCUCCCUGAGCUCGGCUGCUGCUUCCCAUCCUCUUCCCUAUACUGUUUCCUGCCUUCUCUUCUGGUACAACAGCAAACCCAGGAGGCACCACAGAGCCUUAUCUAAGCUGUUCUGGGCCCAGAGCAUCGUGGGAGCAGGCCACAGAGGUGUGCUGAGCCAACCUUGGGCCUGCACUGCCUGGGCCUCCCAGGACCGGUAUUGGCAACAGCUCCACGAAUUCUGCCAAGGAGCUCUGAAGAGGUCACGGCAACGAAACGUAGCCUCUAAUCCAGGGUUACUACAAUUCUGAGAAUCUGGUUUCUCCCAUGAAUCCAAUUGAAAAACAUGAAAAUGCAUUUCCCGCUGGAUAUCUUGACAGCCUGAAUUUUCCCCAGCCCCUCAAGGACCCAGAAUUGGGCUUGUGGCACCCCUGAAGCCGUGUGGGGUCUGCGUGCCUGCUUGUAGUGAAGCUUGUUCUCGGUAGAACGUCUCAGCAAAGACCAAAGAUGACCCCACAAGCUCUAGGCUCUGCGGUUCUUUUUAAGAGACUGAAGGGAUCCCGAGACCCGCUACUCCUGUCAGCAGGAAUUUCGUACAUCCCCCGUGCCUCUGUGGUCAUGUCGGGGGCACAGGCCAUCGGGAGCGCAGUUCCCCUGGGUGUGGGCCUCAGAGCAGAGCAGCUGGGGGUGGUAUGGGCAGCGUAGCCAGCUUUAUCAGGCAAUGCCCAGUACUUCCAAAGGACCUGGUCACUUCCACCCUGAAGCCAUAGCAGUGACCCUGGGGUCCAGACCUCAGCCUCCACAAACCCCAACCCCUCCCUUGGUCGUGCAUACACCGAGCCUGUCCUGCAUUUCUCGUCACCAGUGACCAGAGCGCUUCACUAACUGCUUGUCUUGUGCUCAUUUUUCUUUUUUUUAAAGAUUUAUUUUGGGGGAACAGAAAGAGAAUCUUGAGCCGACUCCACUGAGCCUGAUGGACGAUGCAGGGCUCCAUCUCACCACCCCAAGAUCAUGACCUGAACCAAAGUCAAAAACUGGCCAUUUAACUGACUGAGCCACCCAGCUGUCCCUAAUGCUUAUUUUUCUAUUGAUUUUUCUUUCUUAUAGAUUCAGAGGGGUUUUUAUAUGUCACUGAACACAAUAGAGCAUGUCACCCAGUGUCCAUCUGACCUAAAUCUGAGAAAAGGCCGCCCCACCCAGCCUUGGGGCUCUACCUUGGCUAUCUGAUUCCACGUGGCACUCUGUCCACCCCGACCUGGCCACAGUGGCCUGGUUCCAGAGCUUCCGCAAACCCAGCCUCUGCCAGGACGGGUCCCUCCUGCUCCAGGCGUCCAUUGGGUUCCCUGGCCUCUGCUCUCCUCUGUGUGUUCAGAGAUGCAGUUGUCUCCCUCAGGCAUACAUGAGGAAGCCCCGUGAGUCCCAACAGGACGGGGCUCAGAGCUUCCCGCUGGGGGCACACGUCCACACGGAGAGGGUGAUGCACCCCAACUCCACGGGACAGAAGCUCCGGUGCUCAGAACCCACCCAGACCCGCCCCACCCCUUAUCACCCCCUUAAGUAGACCAGUCGAUGUCAGUAAGCGUUGCCCGAUUUCUGUGAGCGGCUCUAAUCAAACCCGGAAAGGGGUUUAUGGGAACCUCUGCUCCCUGACCCAGCAGGUCGGAAGCACAGGGGACAACCUGAGUUUGCAGCUGGCACGGGGCAGUCUCAUGGGACUGAGUCCUCCACAGGCCGAUGGUGUCGGAACCGAGAGGGACUGCAGAACCCCCAGCUGCUGCAGAAUCCGUGACUACAAGCGUCUGUUCUGUGCGCAAGGAAUGGAGGUUCCCAGGGAAGUGCUGGGUUUUCCAUUGGGCGCAGACAAACCCAUUCUUCCAAUUUAUUAGGCCAAGAAAACCAGCUUCUGCCAAACUUCUUCCCUAUAUUGAAUUAAUAGUUAUGUUGAGAAAUAAAACUGAAUAGGAAAACCAUGUUAGAAAAUGUCAAUGUGAAAAUAAAAAAUUGAGUUAGA